AUGCAAACGCCGUCCAGCACCGAUGCCGAAAAGGCUGAAUGCACCGAAAGAAUCUUAAAGACGUGGAAGAUCUCCAGCUUGGACGACGUCGUCGGCAGCUCUCUGUCGCCCUCGUUGUGGAGUUUGAGCUUGCUCAAAAGGUUGGACCUGCUUUGCACACACAGUCUCAGCCAUACCGACGUCCGCGGUCUGCUCAGGAACGAGAUCACGCACCGAGUCGGCAAUACUCCGUCAAACGGUUUCCUGCACCGCCCAUUCCUUUCCGCAAUGGAUGUCGACAAUGUUCUAAAGACUCAGGGCGGUCGAGACACUGACAGCUGCAAACCUGAGCGGAGGAUGUUGCCAGCUCUCACCCCUACCUUGCCACCUGCUCGCACUCCGUCCCCCAAGCUGACUAGUUGCCACCAGUCCCAGGCAGACACGAGCCCUUCUCCCGGCAUCGCCGAUCACCGCCCAGUCAGGUAUCCUGCGCCGGUGACCCCGAAAUCUGUGUCAACCGCAUCGUUCCCCAGAGGCUCUGGCAGACUUGGUCUGAGCACUCCAGCAUGCUCCCCUUCGAACGAAACGACAGCUGCAGACGGCUUCAAGCGCAAGAGAGACGCCAUGAUGGCAUGUCUUCACGAGGAGUUGGAGAGCCAGAGAAAGCGCGUUCGUCUGGAGGUUGACAUUGCGUCGGCCACUGUCAAGAAGACUCGCUUCGAGCAGCAGAUGGCUGAGAGACACGAGCAGGAGGCCGCCCGCACCCUUGCUAGUUUGCCGGCCGAGUCCGAGAAGCUCACGGAGCUCGAGGGCUUUCGAGCUUUUCAGAACGACAUCUUCAAGAUUCGCAAAAAGUAUGCUGCUCUCCUCGGCAACAGCAAGGGUGCCCCGUCAACGGUCAUUGCCCCUGACGCACACAGACAAGUCGUGCAGGAGUCUUGCCGCACCAUCUUCGAGCUCCUCAACCACCGCGUUGAGGCCGAGGCCGUGGCCAUGGAGACAGAAGCUGCAAAGGCCAAGAAGGCACAGAGAGUGGCACAGGAGGAGAUGGACCACCACAGAGUCGUUGUCAACGCCAAAAAAGCCGAGCUUGAGGCGGCCGAGAAAGCGUAUGCUGAUCUGCUUGCCGAGAACGAGGCUUUCGAUGCGUUCAAAACUUCUUUGUGA